UAACAUUUGGUCCCUCCCCGCGUCUCGUCUCCUCGCUCGCUUUCUCUCGGUCUUGCUCGGAAGAAAGGGGUAUGAGAGAGAGAGAGAUCCGGAGGCUUCGAAGGAGAUAUCGGAGCGAUAUCUAGGGUUUCGGGGGAGUUCCGGCGACAAAUAUUUGAAUUAGGGAUUGCUCUCUUCUCUGAUCUCGUCGGAUUAGAGGUUCGGGAGGCGAUUGACCGUUGGAAACGAUCGAUUUUGGGGCGUGGAUGAUAGAUCUCCUGUGGGGGCCGUGAUAUGGCGUCGUCGGAGGUGACAACGAGGGAAAACGGCGGUAAUGGGAGGGGGGAAAGCUUCUCCUCCGUAUGCAGCGAGUCUGGCGCCGACGCCGCGAGGACCCCGGCCUCCGCCGCUCCCAGGAGAGACGCGGAGGAAGCGCUUUAUACAGAGCUCUGGUUUGCGUGCGCUGGGCCUCUGGCGACGAUCCCUCGCAAUGGGGAGAGGGUCUUCUACUUUCCUCAAGGUCAUAUAGAGCAGGUGGUGGCUUCUACAAAUCAGUUGGCCGACAAGCAGGUGAAAAUAUAUGACCUGCCAUCCAAAAUCCUUUGCCGAGUGAUAAACGUCCAGCUGAAGGCCGAGCAGGAGACGGAUGAGGUCUUUGCUCAGGUGACGCUGCUCCCCGAGGCAAAUCAAGAUGAGAACGCUUUGGAGAAGGAGAAUUUGCCGUCUCCACCACCAAGGCCUCAUGUGCACUCUUUCUGCAAGACUUUGACAGCAUCUGACACAAGCACCCACGGUGGGUUCUCUGUGUUAAGGAGGCACGCCGACGAAUGCCUCCCUCCAUUGGAUAUGCGUUUGCAACCUCCAACACAGGAGCUGGUGGCGAAGGAUUUGCAUGGGGUUGAAUGGCGAUUCCGCCACAUCUUUCGUGGUCAACCAAGGAGACAUCUGCUUCAGAGCGGAUGGAGUGGCUUUGUUAGUUCUAAAAGGCUUGUUGCUGGGGAUGCUUUUAUCUUUCUAAGAGGAGAACAUGGUGAACUACGUGUUGGAGUGAGACGGGCUAUGAGACAACAAACAAAUGUUCCAUCAUCAGUCAUAUCUAGCCAUAGUAUGCACCUUGGUGUCCUUGCAACAGCAUGGCAUGCUGUAACGACUGGAACCAUCUUCACUGUUUAUUACAAACCAAGGACAAGUCCAUCUGAGUUCAUUGUUCCUUACGAUCGAUACAUGGAAUCUCUCAAGAACAACUACUCUAUCGGGAUGAGAUUCAAGAUGAGGUUUGAAGGUGAAGAGGCCCCAGAGCAGAGGUUUCCCGGCACCAUAGUUGGCAUAGGAGAUGGGGACUCCAGCAGCUGGCCUGGAUCAAAAUGGAGAUGCCUCCAGGUGCGGUGGGAUGAGACAUCAUCCAUUCCUCGUCCGGAGAGAGUUUCUCCUUGGAACCUAGAACCUGCUCUGACUCCUCCAUUGAACCCCCUUCCAACACCAAAGACUAAAAGGCCUCGACCAAAUGCCAUGCCCUCCUCCCCUGAUUCAUCUGUUCUUACAAAAGAAGGUGCAAUCAAAAUCACUGCGGACCCUUCCCAAGUUCAUGGAGUUCCAAGGAUUCUGCAAGGCCAAGAAAAGAUGGCCUUGAGAGACAAUUUAAGUGACAAUAAUGAUUCAGACACUGUUCAGAAGCCCCUCACAUGGCCAUCAUCUCUUGAUGAAGACAAAAAUGAUGUUUCUUCUCAGAGAAUGUUGGGUUCAGGCAACUGGAUGCAAAUGAGUGGGCAUGAACCUACCUACAAGGACAUGCGAUCAGGGUUUCGACCUUUCAGUGACAUGCGUGGGUUUGCUAAACCAUCUUUUGAACAAAUUUCAACUCAUACAGAUCCUUUGAAGAACCAUUUUCAAGACCAGGGAGGCAAUCUUAACUUGCUUUUGGACCCAUUUUCUUUGAUACCUUCAAAGCCUACCUUCAAUAUGGAGUCAGCAUUCAAGAUGCCAACACAUGCUGGUGAGCUACCUUAUCAGAAAGCUGAAAAUGCUACAUAUGGUGGGUUGGAAGAUUUUUCUCUAGUGCAAGGUCAUAUGAUUGAGCAAAAUCCUCCAAAUUGGCAAGUACAUCUACAGUCAACUUUUCAAAACGAAAACUUUGCACAUAAGAGGGCGAGAAAACCUCAACCUUUGGAAGCAGCCCAGAAUGAGAUAACAAGAUCUAAAGAAAGUGGCAACUGCAAGCUCUUUGGUUUUCAUCUCAACAGCAAUCCCACUCCAUCUGACCAUGUAAUGAAAUCUGAACAUUCCAUGCCUCAGAUGAAAUCUGACCAUAUAAUGAAAUCUGAACAUUUAAUGCCUCAGACAAAUGCCACCAAUGACUUUGUGUCACAUACUCAACCUACAGUAGCACAAGAUGAGUUACGGAUCUUUGAAGUUGAUCAUCACUCUAAGUUGCCCCAAGGUACAAAAUCAGUCACCACUGCUCCAGCAGCAACUGAGCAUGUGAUGCAUCAUCAGCAUUGCCCAGAGACUGCUAAGGAAGUUCAGGGCAAGCUUCAAGGUGGCUCGAGUAGGAGCUGCAGAAAGGUUCACAAACAAGGAAUUGCGCUUGGAAGAUCUGUGGACCUUACAAAGUUCAAUGGCUAUGAUGAACUGAUUGCGGAGUUAGAUCAGAUGUUUGAAUUUGACGGCGAAUUGAUGGCUCCAAACAAUAAUUGGCUUAUUGUAUAUACUGAUAAUGAGGGUGAUAUGAUGCUUGUUGGAGAUGACCCUUGGCUAGAAUUCUGUAGUAUGGUCUGCAAGAUUUAUAUAUACACAAGAGAGGAGGUGCAGAAGAUGAAACCAGGAACCCUGAACCCUAGAUUUGAAGGGAUACCUAUAAGAGGAAACACAGCUGCAAAAGAAAGAAAAGUCCCUUUGCGUACAUCAACAGCUAACCCAGAGAACUGAUACAGGUACCUCCUAGAAUUGGUAAGGUUUUUGAAGCGGAGGUCAGGAAAAGAGAAGGAUUCCUUGAAAGCUUUUUCUUUGGUGCGGUCUAGCCAAAUUACUUUAUGUCGUCAGUAAGCCCCGUCCCAUUUUAGGCUAGAAGCCUUCUUUGUGUAAUAUAGUAGGAGCCUUCUUUAUCUAAUAUAGUUUUUGGAUGUGUUGUAAUUUCCGCUCUUGAAGUUUGUCUAUAUGUUUUUUGCCUACAUCGUGCUGUCCAAAAAGAUAGAAGUGGCAGCCCUUCUUUCCUGAUCCGCCAUGUAGAUAUCUCCCUUCACUUGUCGCAUUGUUGAUUUUAUGCUGUCAACCUAAUGGUUUCUUUUCCUUAAUUCAGACUGCAGAGCCCUUGUGGCAAUCACCUUAUGUAGCUCUUUCUUCUAACACUUUCCUUAUGAUUCAAAAAUUUGGUAGUGAUAUAGAAGCACAUAUAGCUAUUAGAAAA